AUGUCUUCGCAGCAGCAGCAGCAGCAGCAGCAGCAGCAGCAGCAGCAGCAGCGCUGCCCACCCCAGCAGGUCCAGCAGCAGCAGGUGAAGCAGCCCUGUCAGCCGCCGCCUGUCAAAUGCCAAGUGACCUGUGCAUCCCAAACCAAGGAUCCGUGCGCUCCCCAGGCCAAGAAGCAAUGCCCACCCAAGGGCACGAGCCAGCAGAAGAGCCCCUCAUCCCAGCAAACCCCCAAGAGUAAACAGAAGUGA